AUGAGGGAAGAUAUAGAACUUUUAUGUGAAAUUAUUAAUACUCAUUUUGGAGGACUACCUGCAAUAAUAAUUAGAAAAUUAGUAGUAAAUGGGCCACUACCAAUGGACAGAUUGUAUUAUUUGGUUCUGAAGGAUCAGGAAACAUCCAAGCACUUUUCUUCAAAUAGCAAAGAUAACUUUUCUUGUUUCAGAAAUUCCAUGAUGUAUUUGGUUCAUCACUCCUGUAUAAUAUAUUACGAAGUAGCAGACCCAAAUAUAGUAUUAGGUAACUCAGAUAAAGAAAAAAAUGUUGUUUUUGAGGUAAAUAUUGAUAGUAUAAUUUCAAGGUUAAGAUUUCCAUUAUAUAUGGCCCAUAUAGAAAAAUUAUUGGGAGAGACAUGCAAAUACAUCUUCAUGGAAGUAAUCAAGCAUGGGCGAAUAUCUACUAAAAUUCUAAUUUCAGAACUUUCUGAAGCACUUGAAAAUAUAGAAGAGAAUAUCAAUAUGCUCAUUAAAUAUGAUUUCUUAAUCGUUAUAAAUGAUAAGAACCAAACAAUCAAUUUGGCUGAAUCUGACAAGAAUAAUGGUAAGAAAUCUUCAGGUACCGCAUUUACAGAUUUAUUGUUCGAUUACAAUGACGAAUGUUUUUCUAAUUCAGAAUCAAUUACUUCUAAUUUUCAGGGAUCUGACUUUAAUAUUAAUCAAGAUAAUUUUUCAGGUAUUGAAACUAAAAAAAAUAUUUCAAAAACUAAUAAUGGAUAUUUAAUUGAUUCAAUAAAAAAUAAAAUAUUAUCAAUAAAUAUUUCUGGUCUAAACAAUUCUCUCUAUAGUCAAGUUAUUGAAGAAAUGGUGAAAACUAGAUACAAUAAUUUACUUUCCUCUUUAAUAGUGCGUGUUAUGUCAGAUAGUAAAAGCCUAAAGAGAAAAUCUAUUGACGAAGGCUGGACCAUAGAAGAAAUAUCUAAUGAAAUAUUUGAGCUUUUAGAACUUAAUCAGGCUCUAAAAAGUGAUCUUGAUAUUUCUGACGACUCAAAACUCAAAUCUUCUGUAUUGAGAGUAAUUGAUGUUUUAACUAAACACUCUGAUGAGUUCAUUUCUUAUAAUCUAUCUUCAACUGGCACUAUAUACAGGUUGAACAUUUCAAAAAUUAAGUCAAUAAUAAAAUACAAAGUUUUAUAUGAAUAUAUCGCACAUAGAGUCGGCCACCUUGGCUCAAGAGUUUGGAGUAUGAUGUGUAAUCCGCAUCUAACAUCCAGGUGUGAUAAUAUUCAAGUAAUAGACUUUGGAAAAACAAAAUCUUCUCUUUCCGAAUCUGAGUCGACCAGAUGUUCAAAAAUCUUUGUACCAUUCCCAAAGUAUGAUAUUAAAAAGAGAGUUUAUUGGGAUGACGUUACUUUAGCUGAAAAGUGUUUAUUACCCAAUAAUAUUGCAAGAAAUCUACUUUAUUCUCUGGGAAGCGAAAAAUUUAUUCGAGUUCACAAUUCAGAUACAGUAACAAUUGAUAAUUCGACUGUUAAUUCAAAUAAUGAUUCAUCUAAUUCAUCCAAACUUCCAAUGGUGGAUCCUAUAAGCCCAAACUCUUCUCAAACAAACAAAACUUCUUAUAGUACUAUUUCGCAAGCUUCCCUUAGUAAACAUGGGAUAUUUUAUAGUGCAUGCCUUGAAAGUACAAAUAGGGAAGUACAACUUAAAUUUUAUAGAAUUCUACUGAAUAUAUUAACAAGAUGCAAAAUUCAAAAUAAUCAAAUUCUGAAUUUUGAAAUAAGAUCUAAACACCUAACUCAAAUCGAAAUGGAAUAUCUUGAGAAGUUAUCGUAUGGAUUAAAUUCUUUAUUUAAUAAUAUUACACAAAUUGAUAAACUCUUACUCAUUUUAACUGUUUAA